CCAUCGGUUUGAAGUAAUUACAGCCACAUGAUCAGGAACACAUGAUGUGAGCCCCUGAAAGUGACAAGCUACAAGCCUGAACUGACACUUGACCUGACUGAAUAGAACCAUUUAUUUUCUUAGUUAAAUCAGAGGUGAAGCUCUGAUGGAUUGAAAAUAAAACAUGGGCAAAAUCUUGGUCAAUAAAAGCUUUUCUGUUCCCUUCAGCUAGGACUUCUCACAAGAUUACCUGGCUCUGAGAAAACUAUUGUGUUGAAAAUGCACAAAUAAUAUAGCUACUAUUAAAGGGAGUAAGAGGAUUGCCUUCACUGCUUUGGUUUAUAUUUAGUCUAACUAUAGCUAUAUAUACCUGUGAUGAAACAUUUACCAUUUCUCACCUACCAAGAGACUGAAAGAUUUUUCUGUAGCCCUUUAAAGUCACAUCUCAGAAUUACAGUAACAGCUGGCACCUGUAACAAGACUGUAAUUCAAUCACUGAAAAUGCACGUAUAAGCUUAUAUGAACCUUUAAACAAAGAAGACUCAAAAAAAAAAAACUAAUAGCAGAAACUUCCAGUGCAAAGCAACAGCAAGGGCAAAAAGGAAUUUUAAUGGAAAAAAUAAAAUACCACAAUUGUUGACAUGAGACAACAGAAGGAACAGAUAAGACAAAACCAUAAAAUACUCGAAAGAUUUUCUUAUUUAUUAAAAUCUCUCAUUGGAAUUAGCAGUGCAAAUAAGUGAAAACCCUCUGUCCCUCAUCCCUCCUGGUGGGGCCAGUCAGCUAUAACCAAUACAAUGGGGUAGGAGGGUCAUUGUGGCAAGCUACAUAUUGAUAUGCUUAGGGAUGGUCUGAGUGUUACAAAAGUUGAGAAAGUUUAGAAACUGUGUAGGGAGCAGUUUUGGAAUCAGGAUAGCAUCUAAAUGCACAUGGCAAGAGACUGCAAAGAGUGAAAGCUGCACUUUUGGUGCUUCUCUGAGUGGAAGUGGUGGAAUGGAGCCAGCGCUCUUCAAGAGUGAGAAGAAAAAGCUUUGAGAACACAGUCCAGCUGAGUCAAACGUGCUGAGAACAGGAGGAGGCUUCCCUGAAAGGGCAAAAAGACAAGGAUUAGAAUAAUUUCUCUCUGUAUGCUAGCAGAAUGCAUCUCCUGUUUGUUUUAAGGUUUUCAAAACAGAUGCUCCUUUAUGUUAUUGACAAAUUCUGAUUAACAGCAGGAUACUAAAGCUUAUGUCUUUCUCAGAAACAUGGGUUUAAUGCGGAAACACAACAAGGAGUUAGAUUGUCUAUGUUUCUUCAAACACAGUCACAUAAUUUCUUCUGUCUGCACUGAAAGAGAUGCUUUGACACCUCAAAACAGGCUUCCAGGCAUCUUGAUGGAAAUGCAAGCCAUUAUCAGCUUCCUCUGUUCAAACUCUAGUGAAGGUGAUUCACUAUGAAGUUAUAAAAACCUCUGGUGAUUUGAGAUGAGAAAGAAUCCUAUAAUGCUAUUUACUUAAGAAUUUAUUUCAAGUGGCUCUCAUUCCUCAAAAGUGAAAAUGUGAAGUCCUGCUGAAAUAUUAAGCAGAUUGCUUCUGUAAUAGAUUGUGAUUUCAUUUACAGUCUCUCCUCUUAUUGGGAUGUGAUACUGUCUUUACUAUCUUCUGAUUACUGCUGCUUGUGUGAGUAUUGUUUCCCAUUCUGCGGUUUCUGGAUUUUGCUUUGUGUUGCCAGAAGUGGCAAUUUUUGUUUUACUGAUUGUCUGUAAGCAGCUGCAGUGAUUAGAGCUGCCUUAUCCAGAUUUCAUUCUAUAGAAGCAUUAAUGUCUGGUUUUAAAAAUCAUGCUUAAGUAGUUAUUGUGGUUGUAUUUAAAAAAAAAACCUAAACCAGAAAUUCACUGGAGUAAAUUGGUGUUUAAGGCAUUCUUUGGUCUGGUGUAAGUGAAGCAUGGUGCAUUACCUCGGAUUGAGCAGAACUAAUGGUGAAAUAGGUGCUUGCUUUGAGUUCAGCAGCUGAUUUGUAACUCUGUAAUAGGAAUAUCUGGAGGAAUAAAUGUAGUAUAGUAGCCUGGUCUCCUCCAGUGUCACCAUCUGGUUUAUGAUUAGAGUUUAACUUCCCUAAACUUUUCAACCACAUCAGUACAGGCAAACGUGGUCAACCAAUUUCUGAUACAAUCUUAUAUGGUGCCUGUCAGAGGUUUGCUUGGAAUACAUCUAAGGGGUGUAGCUCACUGGAAUUCAGUUGCUGUUUGUGGAGUAUGGUCAGUUUAGCAGGCUUCUAUCUUAAAGCAACAAAAUGCUUACAUUGCAAGACUUUUUGAAAUCAGCACUCUGUUCUUAAAGAAAAAAUUGUUGCAGCCUCUUAGUAGCUUCCUAGUUUUUGUUUGCUCUUUCCCGUGGCAGCACUGAUUUAUUUAUUUUUUCUCUAAUCACACCAAGGCUUCUUCUCUUUCAUCAGGUAAGUUUACUAUUCUCUUGCUCAUGGCCUUUCUCUUCUCUGUCUCUGAUCUUUUUCAAACAUGCAUGAUUAAAUUGUAUGCUGUGUUCCAGCUGAGGCUUUAACAGUGCCUCAUGGAAUAAACAUUAACUUUCUCUGAGAGGUCUAUGCUUGUUUGCCAGAAUGAAGAUCCCAUUGGAUGGUCAGUUUUUUCCUUGUACAUUUGCAUUGUGUGAGUGAAAAUGUGUGCUUUCAUGCUUCUAUAAACUGGUAAUUGUUUUCAGAUUUGGGAGGAUUUUUUAAAAACCACCCAGCUUUAAUCACACUCAGUUCAGUAUUUAGAUCUUUCCUCUCUGCCCUUAAUUUAAUAAUUUAAAAUUUAAGUCAAGAUAUCCGUAUUUCUCUUGCUAUGCCUUGGAAAUAUGUGAGGAGGGUUUCAGUGCAGUUGUAGCUGAUUUGUAAAUCCAUUUCAUGUUUUCCAGCUGAAGCAGGUGUCUGUGCUACUUGCAUUUAUGCCAUCUUGAUAAAUAUUUGGUAUGUGUGCAUAAAACUGCUGCAGACAUAGUUUUGCAGCAGCAUUCUGGGUGCACUGUUUGAAUUUGACUUUCUGCUUCAACAGUUUGUUCAAGCAAAAAAAUUCUACAAGAUUGAACUUUAUUUUCCAGCACUGAAGUAAAAAUUAUUGACUAACUAAAUAAUGUGGAAGUGCAUGGAUUUAGGCAUCCAUCCAGAAGGGGAAGAUAAUUUGCAUGGCUUUUUUGGUGGUCUUUUUGCAGGCUGUACUUAUUUGGGACUUCCUGAGGGGCUCCCUGAAGCUGUGAGUCUAGCAAAAUUGGUCUUGAUCAUGCUGCAGUGAAGCUCUUUAUUUUAUGAAUGUCAAAGAUUAGAGUAACCAAGCGGUGAAUUUUGAUGAAGCGAAGCAGUCCUGUGGUCUAGAAUCUGUAUUCCAUCAAGGCUGACUGUCGGACAUACACCACUUGGAGAGGAAGCGGCAUCGGGACCAGCUCCGGCGCAUAACGAGUUUACCCAAGAGCUUCUGUAGAGUAUGAUCCAUUCUCCCCCAUUUUUCUGUUGACCUCUAUCUCCACACUCAACACCAGAUUCACUGUGAUCAGCUCAAAAGAAAGAAUAGAGGUGUGGAGGAUCAUCUAGAAUUGUGCCCCCAUGAGUUUGUUGAGAUGGAAAGGUGUGAAAGUAAAGAGCUUGAUGUCGAAAUAAGGAACCUGAUUGAGAAGAGCACCACUUCCCAGUUUUGUGAGAACCCCAAACCUAUUGCCCAAAUGAGUCCAAACCCUCAGAGAACUUUGUGUUCCCUUAAGACCCAUAGUGAAGCAAACACUCAAGACCAUCUCGGAUGCACAUGGACAGGUGUGAGUGAGAUGGAAGCCUCAGCAAACCCAUUGGAAGCAAGGCACAUGUCACUGACCAAAAAGAAGAUUGUAUCAGCCAGUUCUCUGGAGCAACAGAUCCUUUCGCUGGAAAGACAGAGACGAGAGCUUCUGGAGGUGAACAAGCAAUGGGAUCAUCAAUUUAGGAGUAUGAAACAGCUCUAUGAAAAACAGUUGGCAGAAAUGAAAGCAAAACUGGACACGUCAGAGAGGAGAGUGGGUGAGCUGGAGGAAGAGAGACACCGACAGCAUGCAGAAGAUGGGAGGCUGCAGGCACUGGGCAGAGAGAGGCCGUUGCAGGAAACGAAAGAAACCAAGGUCUUUAGUGAAGCUUUCCUUGAAAUAAAAGAAGAGAACAAGCUCCUGAAGCAGCAGAAUGCAUCAAUGGUCAGAAAGAAGGAACACUAUGAGUGUGAAAUAAGUCGUCUCAAUAAGGCCCUUUUGGAUGCACUGAAAAAGCAGCAGGUGCCUGCUCUUGGUACUCUGGAGAAGGCUGACAGGAACAGCCUUGAGGACAUGAGAACCCAAGUUGAAGUUCUUAGACAGCAGGUACAAAUAUAUGAAGAAGAUUUCAGAAAGGAGAGGUCUGAUAGAGAAAGACUUAAUGAGGAGAAAGAAGCAUUGCAGAACAUUAACAAGAGAUUACAGUCUCAACUGAAUAAACUAAACUCUCAGACCAAAGAUCUCUCGUUGCAGCCUGAGAGGCCCAGCUACCCACCUUCCCUGUGCAUCUCACCAUGUGCUAAUCAUGGGAAUUGUGGCUUGGUUCUUCACUAUCAAGAUCCUCGAGCGCAUCCAGUGUCUUGCAGGACUCACGAGCACCAACAGCACUCGCCAGACUAUCAGUGGUAUGUUCCUGACCAGUUUCCGCCAGAUGUGCAGCACAAGGCAAAUGAUUCACCCUCGGAGAAGAGAGCCCAUUGCUGACAGUCCGUGACCUGAAGAUGUGUAGACCACAGGCUGCAAGCCAGCCUUGCAACUUCAUUAUUCUGUUUUGUUCCAGAUUGGUUGCUUUUUUCCACCCCCUCUCCCCAGCUCCUUAUCUCUUCAGUGCAUGUUAUUUAUGUCUGGUGAAAUCCCUGUGAGGACAAUAGAAAAGCAGAUCAUACAGCUCGUGAUCCUCAGGAUCCAGUUAAACUCCUCUGGGAAGCGUUGCUGCCCUUUGUUCUGAAGAUGCUGUUUGUGCUGCCUAUAAGAAUCCAUUAAAAACCCGCAUGGGAAAGGCAGCAGCUUUUGCUGGGGAUUCAGAGACAGACACAUCUGGUUUGAAUUCGAGAGUUUAUAUGCCCAAUGCUGUUGUGAUAUUUUUUGUCUGAGAAUUAUACUCCUUUUUUUUAAUUAUUUGAUUCCAGGGAAUGAUUUGCCAAUAUGCCAUCUAGAAUGCUGUACUACUUUUCUUGGUUGUUUGGUAGAAAUGAAAUCUUCCUCACUGUUUAACACAUUUGUGUAGUUGCAGACAGGGUACCACUGAUGUCAGGCCAGGUAGAGACCUGACAAUUUUGAGUCAAGACCAGCUUUCCUUUUUUAUUUUAGCUCCAGAAUUAUAUGAAAAAUGUCAUCACCAUUUUUUCUGCAUGUUCUUAUUUGUAUCAGAAGCAUUGGAGUAGAAAUAUUUAAUGGGUUUAACUUCUCAAUGAAAAUGGCUUUAUAUUUCCAAGCGAUUCUUAUAAUGGCUCUGAACAUCAUCGUGUAACCUCUAAGCUGAGAAUAAAUCCUGGCUUUUUAAACAAAA